AUGCUAUUCGCUCUACUUCUAGAUCCUUUGUUCAGUAUAGAAUUGGACCACGCCUACAACAGUAGUGAUGCAACUUCGUUCAACUGUUCCAGCUUAAUAGAGCUCGUUGAAGGAACCUUUGCGCUUCAAAAUCUUUCUGAAUGCACUAUCAUUCCCAUACCAAGGAAACUGGGCAGCUUACAAUCACGCCGAUUUUUACUGAAGCUGAAAACACUUCAAAAUGUUGAUCUAUCGAAAGUGGAGGGGAACAAUCAGUUCAUACAUCUUUUAAGACACAAGCUAAACGCUAAUCCAUUAAAAUGUGCAUCUGUCACUAAAAGCUUCGAAGCCAUCCCUGGAAAAGUUAAAACUGUUUAUGUGGCUUUCGCUCGUAGAGCUCACUUUGAAAAUGCGUGCAACGCCUUCACAAGGAGAUUUAAUAUUACCACUGCGGUCUUUGGUUCCUAUACAUGUCACUCACCCAACCCAAGCAAGGUGAUUAAUGUACAGAGCUUACAAGAAGUCCAAUUGCAUAUCAAUAAUACGGAAUUGGAAAAAAUGACCGAAUUGGAUGCGCGGAUGCACAUUGAUACGUCCUUGAAUGCGGGACUGCCCCACUGCGUCGCUCUUCGAAAAGACUCGAUGGAUCGAUUGGUAGAAAAAGUCGCAUUCAUCUCAGGACCAAGAGAUCCGCACUUCUGCGAGCAAAUACUAAGAAAACCGAGCUAUUCUUCUUACUCAUGUAUUCUCGUUCAGAAUUUUCAACAUGCUCUGUACCGCUUACAGCCCGCAGAGCCGUUCUAUUACAUUGAUCUUGAGUGGUAUAAGCUGAUGCAUCACAAGCUCAUAAACUCAUUGAACAAGCCUGGUAACGGGUGCAAGUACAACGGCUUUAUUCAGGUAAAUCCGGGUAAGUGA